AUGACGGCACGAGAGUUCGGAUGUACAUUAUCCGAACUUCGCGCAUUAAUGGAUCUUCGAGGUGCCGAAGCACUUGCACAAGUGAACAAGAAAUUUGGCGGUAUUGAAGGUUUAUGCGCUAAAUUAAAAACUGAUCCAGUAAAUGGAUUACCAAACGAAAAAGCAUCAUUAGAAGAAAGGCGAAGGAUAUUUGGAAGGAAUGAAAUUCCUCCAGCACCUUCAAAAUCUUUUUUACGAUUAGCAUGGGAAGCUUUGCAGGAUAUAACGCUUAUUAUAUUGUUGGUCUCAGCACUUGUAUCUUUAGGUUUAUCUUUUUAUAAACCACCAGAAAAUUCUGAAACAGGUGGACAUGAUGCUAAUGAAAGAGAAGCCGGCUGGAUUGAAGGAGCAGCCAUAUUACUUGCUGUCAUUGUUGUUGUUUUGGUUACAGCUUUAAAUGAUUGGAGCAAGGAAAAGCAAUUUCGAGGAUUACAAGCAAAAAUAGAAACAGAACAUAAAUUCUCUGUAAUACGAAAUGGUGAAGCUCUUGAUACUGUCGUCACUGAACUGGUUGUCGGUGAUAUUGCACGGGUUAAAUAUGGUGAUUUACUGCCAGCUGAUGGACUUUUAAUACAAAGUAAUGAUCUAAAAGUGGACGAAUCAUCAUUAACCGGUGAAUCAAAUUUAAUCAAAAAAAGCCCGGAAGGUGAUCCAGUACUUUUAUCAGGUACCCAUGCAAUGGAAGGAAGUGGAAAAAUGGUCAUAACAGCUGUUGGGGUGAAUUCUCAAACUGGUAUCAUAAUGACAUUGCUUGGUGCAACGAAAGGUACCACAAGCAAGAAAAGUCCGAAUACUGUAGCACCUGAAGAACAAAUUAAUGGUACAACAUCAGAGAUUGAACGAAAGCAUUCUGUUGAUUCUGCUGAAUAUGAUUGUAAACUACCAAAAUCAGUAUUACAAGGAAAAUUAUCAGCAUUAGCUAUUCAAAUUGGUUAUAUGGGUUUUGUUGUAGCCGGAGCGACUGUUGUAAUAUUGAUUGUACGGCAUUGCAUAACUCAUUAUGGAAUAAAUCAUGAAUCAUUUCAGCCUUCUGACUUUUCUUAUUUUGUUAAUUUUAUCAUAGUUGGUGUAACUGUACUUGUAAUUGCUGUUCCGGAAGGUCUUCCUCUUGCUAUAACAUUAUCGCUAACAUAUUCUGUUAAAAAGAUGAUGAAAGAUAACAAUUUGGUGCGACAUUUGGAUGCAUGUGAAACGAUGGGUAAUGCAACUGCAAUUUGUUCUGAUAAAACAGGUACCUUAACAACAAAUCGGAUGACUGCCGUACAAUCUUUUAUUAAUGGAAAGUUUUACAAAGAGUAUGUACCAAAAUUUGAACAAUUAGAUAAAAAAACACGUCAACUAUUGGUUGAGGGAAUUUCUGUGAACAGUGGUUAUAAUUCACAAGUGAUAUUACCUGAAAAACAUGGGAUACAAAGGACACAGCUCGGAAAUAAGACGGAAUGCGCACUUCUUGGAUUUGUGCUUGAUUUGGGUCAAAGUUAUGAGAAUAUACGGAAAGAGCAUCCCGAGGAAUCGCUCUUUAAGGUGUAUACAUUCAAUUCUGUAAGGAAAUCAAUGAUGACUGUCAAAAGACUUCCCAAUGGUUAUCGAGUCUAUGCAAAAGGAGCUUCUGAAAUUAUCAUGUCCAGAUGUUCCUAUGUGUUUGGUCCAGAGGGAAAGGUGAAACCGUUUGAUAGCGAGCAACAACAGGAAAUGACAAGAGAUGUUAUCGAACCAAUGGCUUCAGAUGGCUUACGAACAAUUGGACUUGCCUAUAAGGAUUAUGUAUUAAUCGGUAAACCGGCUGCCGAAAAUGAUACAGUAUAUGAAGGUGAAAUUGAUUGGGAAGACGAAGAAGCAGUACGAAUGGAAAUGACUGUGAUAGCUAUCAUUGGCAUAAAAGAUCCGGUAAGACCGGAAGUUCCAGCUGCAAUUGAGCGAUGUCAAAAAGCUGGUAUUACGGUUCGUAUGGUCACUGGUGACAACAUCAAUACAGCACGAUCGAUUGCUACCAGCUGUGGUAUUUUGAAGCCUGGAAGUGGUUUCUUAGCUCUCGAAGGCAGGGAAUUCAAUGAAAGAAUUCGUGAUGCAAAUGGUAAAGUGAAUCAGGCAAAAUUUGAUGCAGUAUGGCCAAGAUUACGAGUACUUGCGCGUGCACAACCAUCCGAUAAAUAUGUUCUCGUGAAAGGAAUCAUUAACAGUAAAUUUUCAAAGAACAGGGAAGUGGUAGCAGUCACAGGUGAUGGGACAAAUGAUGCUCCUGCUUUGAAGAAAGCUGAUGUUGGAUUUGCAAUGGGUAUUGCUGGAACUGAUGUUGCAAAGGAAGCAUCAGAUAUCAUCUUAACUGAUGAUAAUUUUACUUCCAUUGUAAAAGCGGUCAUGUGGGGCCGUAAUGUGUAUGAUUCGAUCUCAAAAUUUUUACAGUUUCAACUAACAGUGAAUGUUGUUGCUGUUACGAUUGCAUUUAUUGGUGCCUGUGCAAUAAACGAUUCUCCUCUGAAAGCUGUGCAAAUGUUAUGGGUAAAUUUGAUUAUGGAUACAUUAGCUUCGUUGGCAUUAGCAACUGAAUUACCAACAGAAAGUUUGCUGGAACGUAAGCCUUACGGACGUACAAAAUCACUUAUUUCACGAACAAUGGUUAAGAAUAUCGUUGGUCAUGCAACUUUCCAACUAACCGUUUUGUUUGCCAUUCUUUUCUGGGGCGAUAAAUUUAUCCCAGAUUUGGAAAACGGACGUUGGGCACCGCUUAAUUCACCACCUUCGAAACACUUCACCAUAAUUUUUAAUGCUUUUGUGUUAAUGACUCUAAUGAAUGAAAUUAAUUCACGGAAGGUUCAUGGAGAGCGAAAUGUUUUCAAGGGCCUUUUUACGAAUCCGUUAUUUUGUAUUAUUUGGAUUUUGACAUUGAUUUCCCAGGUGUUAAUUGUACAGUUCGGUGGUGCAUGGGUAUCAACAGCUCCUUUGAACGAAAUUCAUUGGGCAGUUUGUGUAGCCUGUGCCUUUGGUACUCUUUUAUGGGGCCAGAUCCUAGCAACAAUACCAAGUAAAGUGCUCCCAAAAUUCUUUUCAUUUGGUGGUGGUGAAGUUCAACCAACCUCUGUCUUAGUUACCGGUGAAUAUGACACAAGUGAUGGCCUUGUAAAAGGCAUGUCAAAGGAAGAUCAAAAAAGGCCUGGUCAAAUGUUAUGGCUUCUUGGAUUGACACGAUUGCAAACACAGAUGCGUGUUAUUCGAGCAUUCCAAACGAAUGCAUGUACUGCUCAUCCGACUUCGUUGACAACUUCUACUGCCGAACGUCUUCGUGCCAGUUAUCGUAGACUGCAACUUGCACGUGAAAGAGAGGAACAACGAAGAAUACAUAGCGCAAGAUUCGACGAAGAAAUUGGGAUAGAUAGUAUGCCGAAAGAUAAAGGAAUAAUCAAAUUUGUAUGA